AUUGACAAGGAGGCGGAGUCUGCCCAGGCAGAGCAGGCUCGCGCUCCGGAGGCUCGGGCGCCGAGCGGGGCUGGCACCUCCGGGCCGGUGCUGCGGCCGCGACUUACCGUCAGAUCACGCCGAGAGACGGGUGGCUGAGGCCAUACUAUUUUAUAGAAUUAAUGGAGAGCAGACCAGACAUCACAAACCAAGACGAACUUUGGAAAAUGAAGCCCAGGAGAAAUCUAGAAGAAGAUGGUUAUUUGAAUAAGGAUUCAAGGGAGACCAGUGCACCGAAAAGACCUGUGCUUUUGCACUUGCACCAAACAGCCCAUUGUGAUGAAUUUGAUUGCCCCCCAGAGCUUCAGCACAAACAGGAACUCUUUCCAAAGUGGUGUUUGCCAAUUAAAAUCGCUGCUAUUGUAUCAUCUCUGACUUUUCUUUACACUCUUCUGAGGGAAAUAAUUCACCCUUUUGUAACUUCCCAUCAACAGUAUUUUUAUAAAAUUCCAAUCCUGGUCAUCAACAAAGUCUUGCCAAUGGUUUCCAUCACCCUCUUGGCACUGGUUUAUUUGCCAGGUGUGAUAGCAGCAGUUGUGCAGCUUCAUAAUGGAACCAAGUAUAAGAAAUUUCCACAUUGGUUGGAUAGGUGGAUGGUAACAAGAAAGCAAUUUGGUCUUCUCAGUUUCUUUUUUGCUGUACUGCAUGCAGUUUACAGCUUAUCCUAUCCAAUGAGACGAUCCUACAGAUACAAGUUGCUAAACUGGGCAUAUCAACAGGUCCAACAAAAUAAAGAAGAUGCCUGGAUUGAGCAUGAUGUUUGGAGAAUGGAAAUUUAUGUGUCUCUAGGAAUUGUGGCACUUGCAAUACUGGCUCUGUUGGCUGUGACAUCUAUUCCAUCUGUGAGCGACUCUUUGACAUGGAGAGAAUUUCACUAUAUUCAGAGCAAACUAGGAAUUGUUUCCCUUCUGCUGGGCACAAUACAUGCAUUGAUUUUUGCCUGGAAUAAAUGGGUAGAUAUAAAACAAUUUGUAUGGUAUACACCUCCAAAUUUUAUGAUAGCUGUUUUCCUUCCGAUUGUUGUCCUGAUAUGCAAAGCCAUACUACUCCUGCCAUGCUUGAGAAAGAAGAUACUGAAGAUUAGACACGGUUGGGAAGAUGUCACCAACAUUAACAAAACUAAGAUGUCUUCCCAGUUGUAGAAUUGCUGUUUACACACAUUUUUGUCCAAUAUUGAUAUAUUUUAUCAUAAACACUUCAAAUUUGUAUUUGUUUAAUAAAAUGACCACUUGAGGAUCUUAA